AGAGCGCUGGAAAUCCCCCCAUUAGUCACAUAAAAGCAACCCGAACGGCAGCUUUACAUCAUAUUAAAGCUCGAUCCUGUGCCGUAAGAGGACUUUUAACUAUGUAGGCACGGAGGACAGGGUUUAAAUGGGCAAUCUGACGGGCAGCUGGAGAUAUAAGGAGCCGAGCACAGUGGAAGAAUGCGACUCGACGUGGGAAACGGACUCGGAGAGCGACGAGCAUCAGCCGGGAGGAGAGGAGGAGGACAGCGGUAUCUCCGAGUCUGUGAGCCUGGCGGAUGCCGCCAGAGGAGCCGAACAGCAGGAUCACGGACCACCGCAGUUUGGUGACAUAAUGGAGUCUUCCACUAGGAUGAAGAGGAGUUUUUAUGCCGCAAAGGACUUGUACAAGUAUCGUCACAGUUAUCCGAACUACAAGGAGCCUCGUCAGCCGAAUGAAUAUCGCAAUCUGAGAUUCUAUCUGAAUAAGAUCCCCCUGGUGCCGGACGAAGAAAGAAAGUCAAGCAGGUUUGGAACAAGUGGUAUUUAUAUUGAAGAAAUCCUUACUAAAUGGAGGGGAGACUAUGAAAAACUAGAGCACAAUCAUACAUACAUUCAGUGGCUCUUCCCACUCAGAGAACAGGGCCUGAAUUUUUAUGCUCAAGAACUCACUCAGGAUGAGAUAAAGGAAUUCCAAAGCACUCGAGAAGCCAAGAGACGCUUCCUCCUAGCAUAUACGAUCAUGUUGGAUUUCUUUGGAAUCAAACUCCUGGAUAAAAAUGGGAAUGUGGCUCGGGCCCCAAACUGGCAGGAUCGCUUCCAGCACCUGAAUGAGUCACAGCACAACUACUUGCGUAUCACUCGCAUUCUGAAAAGCCUUGGUGAGCUGGGCUUUGAAAGCUUCAAGCUGCCCCUGGUGCGUCUGCUUUUGGAGGAGGCACUGGUGGAGGGCACAUUACCCAACAUGCGUCACAGUGCACUGGAAUACUUUGUCUACACACUGCGGCACCACGCUCAGAGACGCGCCCUGCUUCGCUUCGCCCAGCGCCACUACCAACCGCCCGAGAACUUCAUCUGGGGGCCACCCAGGAAGAAACGCAUUCCGGCCUCUGGAUCCGCAGGGACAAGAGUGGGAAAAAACGAGGCGGUGGAGAGGAGUGCGGGCAAAGCCAGGUCACCUAGGGAGGCCAGAAAUCAUUUUGAGAGGGAGGUGGAGGACAUGGACAAGAGGAAGAAUGGAGAGUGGAAAACAGCAAAAGGGUCCAAGGUCGUCCUGCAGGAGUGCAGGGGGAGGGUAGAUCUAGAAGAAUACAUUGAGACCAUUCCUCUGUAAGAAUAGAAAGUGAAGGAUUCUGGGAAUGCCUAAGCUGAGCUUCAAAGUUAGGCAAAGGAAUGGCACAGCAAUAUUAUUCCAUACUAUUGCCUUUUAGAGACUUGUUUUGUGAACAACUUGACUGUUUGACUUCUUUUUUUUAUACAAAGUGUUUCUUCUUAACUCUGAAUACUUUUCAAAGUGUAAGCGGAUGAAUUUAUCUGCUGUAAUUCUUACUUGCAGCCCUCUGGAGAGUUCUUAGCACACAUAUUAUAAGUGUUAGUGAAUAUAUAUAUAUAUAUAUAUAUAAGUGCUACUGAGCACAUUGUGUGUGAAAAAUUGCACUUUUUGUGUAUUCAGUCUUCCCCUGAGAGAGAAUAUUAUAGG